AAGGCAGCAUCGCAGCCACGGCUGGGAGGAUGCAACCAUUGCGAUCAGUGCUGCCGCUGCCAACGAUGCAAGUCCUGGUUUUACGGAUGAACCCCGGGCACGGGCACCUCCUGCGUGCCGCGGUCACCCCACAGAGGCUGCACCACCCCCGUCUGCUCUGAUAAUUCGCCCUCAAUCCACUUCAGGAGCCGACAGACCCCAGGCACCCGGCGGAGACCGGACUCAGGGCUUUAUGUUUACCGAGCAGAAGCUGCGAGAGGAAGCCAGAGCCAUGGGCUUCUCCUUCAGCCUUCGAUGAACUGAGCUAAGUUGGACCCACACAACUCAGCCAACCAGUCUCUGCCUGCAGUGGGGGCCUCCCUCUCCCCAGCGCACGCUCCAGCUAUGGCAGGAUUCAAGCGGGGAUAUGAUGGCAAAAUUGCUGGCCUAUAUGACCUUGACAAGACGCUGGGCCGUGGCCACUUCGCCGUGGUGAAGCUGGCACGCCAUGUCUUCACUGGAGAGAAAGUUGCUGUGAAGGUGAUAGACAAGACGAAGCUGGACACUGUGGCCACAGGUCACCUCUUUCAGGAAGUCCGCUGCAUGAAGCUUGUCCAACAUCCCAACAUCGUGCGCCUGUAUGAAGUGAUAGACACUCAGACCAAACUUUACCUCAUCUUGGAGCUAGGUGAUGGAGGAGAUAUGUUUGACUACAUCAUGAAGCAUGAGGAGGGUCUGAAUGAAGAGCUGGCCAAGAAAUAUUUUGCCCAGAUUGUCCACGCUAUCUCUUACUGCCAUCGGCUGCAUGUGGUGCACAGGGACCUCAAGCCGGAGAAUGUGGUGUUCUUCGAGAAACAAGGGCUAGUAAAGCUCACUGACUUUGGAUUCAGUAAUAAAUUUCAGCCGGGGAAGAAGCUGACAACCAGUUGUGGAUCUCUGGCAUACUCUGCACCAGAAAUACUGUUGGGCGAUGAGUAUGAUGCUCCAGCUGUAGAUAUCUGGAGUCUGGGUGUGAUCCUGUUCAUGUUGGUAUGUGGCCAGCCGCCCUUCCAGGAAGCUAACGACAGUGAGACCCUCACCAUGAUCAUGGACUGUAAAUACACUGUACCAGCUCACGUCUCCAACGCCUGCAAAGAUCUUAUAGACCGUAUGCUUCAGAGGGACCCCAAAGGGCGAGCAUCCCUGGAUGAAAUUGAGACCCACACCUGGCUGCAGGGGGUUGACCCAUCGCCAGCGACCAAAUACAACACUCCCCUGGUCUCCCACAAGAGCCUGUCUGAGGAGGAACACAACAGCAUCAUCCAGCGCAUGGUGCUGGGAGACAUCGCUGAUCGAGAAGCCAUAGUCGAAGCCCUGGAGACCAACAAAUACAAUCACAUCACAGCCACGUACUACCUGCUAGCAGAGAGGAUCCUAAGGGAGAAGCAGGAGAAGGAGGUCCAGACCCGCUCAUCCAGCCCUAGCAACAUCAAGGCUCAAUUCAGGCAGUCCUGGCCCACCAGAGUAGACAUGCACCAGGACAUUGAGGACAGCUUGGCAGCGUCCUCCAUCUCCCACGCUGGAGGCCCCCAGUCCCCUGCUCGCAGCACAGAGAGCCUGCUCAACGGACAUCGCACCAAAGGCUUGAUGGAGCUGGGCCGACGGGAGGAGACGGUGACGGACUCACCAGGACCGUCGGCACAGGGAGCCUGUGCUGCCGCCUCGGGCCCUUCUCUUGGCUCUGGGACCGUCCGGGCCCAGAGUGCCUCCACCUCAGCAGCAGCCAAGCAGAGAACAUGCCUCUUCAGGGUGGAGGAGGAUGAGGAGGAUGAGGAGGACCGCGACUCGUCUCCCCUCCCGACCCAGGUGAUCCUGCGCCGUAAGCCUCCCUCCAUCACCAACCGCCUCACCUCCAGGAAGAGUGCCCCGGUGCUCAACCAGAUCUUUGAGGAGGAAGGGGAGUCCGACGACGACUUCGACAUGGACGAGGGUCUGCCGCCCAAACUCAGCCGCCUCAAGAUGAACAUGGCAGGGAACGCCACCAGCCUGAGCUCAGGGGCCAGCUCCUCCUCGUCCCCGGGUUCCACGCAGAAGCGAUACCAGCGGCGUAAGAGCCAGGGGAGGGGGUCGUCAUGUUCCAGCUCUGAGACGAGCGACGAUGACUCAGAGAGCCACCGCAGACGUCUGGAUAAAGACUCUGGCUUCAGUUAUGGCUGGAACAGAAGGGACAGCAGUGAGGGGCCGCCUGGCAGCUCGGGGGGAAAUGGGGGAGGAAGCAGUUCAGGGCAGGGGAAGCCUCCUGGAGAGGGAGGGGGCACCUCUGGUCCGGACCGGGGGAGUCCUCCUGGAGGGGGUGGGAACGGAGGUGGGGGAGAUGGCGGUGGGGGCGGGGGGAAUGGGGGAGGAGGAGGGGGUAAUAAAGGACAAGACAGCCCCUCCAGUUGUUGUAAUAACAGUAGCACCACUAACCCCUCCCUGAGCUCUCUGUCCCGCUCCGCCCGCACAGCGAGCCGCAGCGCCGAGCUGGUGGAGAGUCUGAAGCUGAUGAGUCUGUGCCUCAGCUCGCAGCUGCAGCACCACCGUGCAGGCCGGGGGGGUCGAGGUGGGAAGUUAAUCAUAGACCCUUGCAGUCUCUCUGGGGGGAGCGUGAAAAUCCAGGAGAAAUCAGCCUGGAGGAUGUGCAUCGGCUCCAACGGGAGCCUGGACACUAUCACUCUGCCCACCACCGCCGCCCUGCCUCGCACCCACUCCGCCCAGCACCACCACCGCAAAUCAGGGCCACACCACUCCCCCAGCCCGCAGUCCCGGCCCCAUGAUAGGAACGCUCACAGCAAUCUGAAUGCUUUGAAAAAUGGCGUGCUUCAACUACCUCUGUGCGAGAAGACCAUCUCUGUGAACAUCCAGCGCGGCGGCGGCUCCAGGGACGGUCUGCUCUGUACCUCAGCUCCAGCCAGCUGCUGCCAGGUCAUCUGAGGCUCGGAGCUCAGCACCGACCUUCUCCCUCCUGUAUGACAUGCCGCUCAGCCCCUCCUCUUUUCUGACCUCCUCCUCUUGUUCAGAUCAGUAACUGCUCCACAUUCUAACCGUGUCGUCCUGUGUUUGGCUGUAGCAGAUAGCUGAGCUCACAUCGCCUGCCUUCUGCUGUUGUCCCUGAGCUCUGCACCGCUCCACCUCUCCUCUGUCACUUUGAUCGGUUUCAUGUUGUGUCUGAGGUUCAUGUCGCUUUUAACUUGUAUCGUUUUCAUUUUAUCUUUGUUUUAUGUCUCCAGGUGCUCUUCAGACUAGUGGCACUAAUAUUCUUUUAAUAGUUUAUGACAAUAUGCUGCUUUUAGAACAUUUUGCAAUUUGGAGGGUUUGAUUGAGUUGGGGGGGCAUUGGCUAAAGUUCUGUAUUGAACCAAAUUAAAAAGAAAACAAAUUCCAGAUUAGAAUUAACGUGUAGUUUUAUCCCCUAAAAUCGAAUAUAACAAAAUUAUCUUUGCAGGAAAAGUCUAUAUCAGAAUGAAGUCAUAAUGUAAAAAAACAUUUGUAAUAUUUCAAGAUGAAGUCAUAUUGUAGAAUAAAAUAUCAAUAUUUAAAAAAAAAGGUUUUGCUAUUUUAAGAUGAUGUUUGACAUGGAGAAAAUAUAUUUAAGAGUGCUGACUAAUUACCAGAUGAAUCUAGUCCCCCCCCCCCACCACCACCACUGUCACUCAGCUGUAAUGCUGCAGCCUCGUGUGAGAGACAGGUAGUCCACCAGAGCUGUGUUCACGUAAUGAUUGACAGCUGCGAGGUCCCACCCCUGACUCAGACCUCCUCUGAUUGGUUAUUAUUCUACUUAUUGAUACAGUAAUAACUGCUGCCAGGCUGCUCAGCAUCUCUGCACAUUAACAUAUGGUUUGUUGCAUAUUUCAAUAAAACCCUUUUACAUACUGUAGCUUUGAUAAAAUCCCUCUUGAAAUUGUCACCAUCUUCUUGAAAUAUCCUGAGACAAAUUAGUAAAACUGUGACUUUCCUUAUUCUUGUAACAUCAGUUAGUUAAAUUAGUUUGGCUUUUUCUUUCAGAAUCCCGUUUAUCAUUCUUGACUUAGUUCCCAUCUUGUUACGACUGCUGCCUCUUGAUGCAGUUUCCUUCCUCCCUGAUAGUGUCUCUAAUGUGCUGUAGUCAGCAGUAGGUGUCGCAGCGCUCAGUGCUUAUCAACACCCCCCCCCCCUCCACCUUUGCUCUCCGAGUGUUUUCAGCAGCUUUAGAUUCCUUUGAGCGAUGAAGGGAAGAGGGAAGGUUUGAAUGUGAGUGGCCUCUGACCCCAGUCUGGACUCCACAUUGCACCCAGACAAUCUGUUUUUAUGUUUCUUAAAAUUUAUAUUUUACUCUUGAUUAUUUUUAGCUCCAUUCUUUCACUUUUACCUCCAACAGAGUGUUGGUCACAACCCUUUAAAUUUGGACGGUGUCUGAAUCGAGGAAACAGCUCAGCCGUUAAACUGGUGGUUUUUAAAAGUGUGUGCACUCCUCUGUGGCAGCAGAGACGACAGCGGUUGAGACCGUAGCAACAAGGCUCACGCUCACCACGUUUGGAAAUGUUACUGCUGUCCGUAUAUUUAAUAUGAGGUAUUAUUUUUUUAUUCAGGACGUUGUGUUGCUGUAGUUGCUGAUACAGACCAUUGGUCGUGUCUGACUCUGUAUUAGUUUGAUUUCAUGUACGCUGCCAUCUUUUAGUCCCAGCUGCACUCACCUGUCUCCCAGAGCUCAGUGCACGUGUGGACGCAGCGUAUUGACUCGUGUGUGUGUGUGAGUAUGUAGAUACAGUAAAGUUUAUUUUUAAAACGUGUACCUUUUUUUUUUUUUUGAGUGAUCUGCUGAUUUUCGAUGUUGACGGGAGCUUGUGAGAAGUAAAUCAGCAGCAGAAGAAGAAGAAGCUCAUGACUCGCAGCUUUACAGGAGCUGACCAAGACAUGAACAAAUGACAGAACGGGGAAACGGGGAGAUUCUUUAAGGGCAUUGGCAAUAAGCUAUACUGUGUGUUGCAGCUAUCUGUACAGAAACAUUUUUAUUAGUUUCUUUUUGUUUUAUUCCAGACCUGUGCAGCCUCACAACGGCUCCAUUGGGCGGGAAAAGGAAAAAGGACGUUUUAAAAGGUUUUAAGUAUUUGUUUUUCUCUUUUUUUUUUCCUUCUUUGUUUUUGAAAACCAAAUGUACAUAGAGUUGUAAAUAUGGUGCUCUUUCUCUAUAUCUAGAACAGCAGAGUGAGCCUUUUGGUGCAUAGCUGUACAGUCAUCUAGCCUUAUGAUAAUUAGUACUACUGUAUGGGUGUCUCAGCUAAAAAUAAAGCCGUGUGAGAAAAACCAUGAUUCUAUUCAUACUGUCGGGUCUCUGACUGUCGUCUUACUCAGCUGUAUCCAGGUGAAUGACGUGCAUGUGUUUCAAUGUUUGACAUUCAGUGACACUGAGAACAGAGGGAGUCAGUCACAGGAAUGUAACUGGACCAAAAAGCAGAAAAAGAAAAAAACGUCUGAGUUGGAACUGACAGGAAUAUUCAGUGUAUAAUUCUGUAGUUGACCUGUUGUCACUUGUCAGAUGUUACAUAUAGCUAUGGUAAUAUCCAAAAAUAAAAUGUGGAGUACUGUCUCA